AGGGGAGAGCGGGAAGUUGCAGUUUACAAUCAAGCCCCAGGCGGUGCCGGGAGAGAGGAGCGCAUGGCAAGAAAACCCCCACUACACCCACCCUGCACUCUAAAGACCCAAAUUGCGAAUGGAAGACGGUGACCAUCCCUGCAGCUUCACUGUGAGCAGGCCCAAGGGGUUCCUGGGGAAACAGUCACUAAAUUGAAAGUAGUGUUUAACCCCAAGGAAAUCUGCUCUUGUGGGCACUUGCAAAACAACGGACCUCACGUGAUCCGGGGAUGUAGCGGAGGAGGGAGGGUGACAUUUCCUACAAGGUGCCGCAGAGGAGAGGGACGCGCGUGCCACUCUCUCGGGUUUCGGACGGCGGCCUGGUUUGUUGUCUCUGAGGCUCGAGGGGAAGAUCUGGCUGUGUCCAAGGGAGACGCUCCGAGACAUCCAUCUUAUUUUGUUUGAAAAGUUACUCGUUCAAGUUUCACUGUGUGACAACUCGGAAUACAGCUAAUUUGCGACCGCUCCUCUCUUCCCCGAGGAUCUCCAAGGCAGCGAGGCGGACGCGGUGCAAAAUUGGGUGGGGACGCGGGGCCCCAGCAUUCCCGCGGGAGAGCUCCGGCUGGGCAGCCUGGGGACGGGGACCCACGAAAGACGGAGCUUUGCAGAGGACACCGACUCUCGGGAUAAAGGCCGAGAGAAGAAAAAUCGGGGCAGAAUGAACGAAAGAGGGGGGAUCCGAGGGGGUGGCCAGUGCGUUCCGGGAGGCAGGCUUUGCACCCGCGAUAAAAGGCGAGAGUACCAGCUUCCCCAGGCGAGCGCUUCAGGAGCGCUGUGACCGAUUCUCCACGCCCCGGGCCGGUUCACAGCUGCAGAAGUGAGUGGAGAGGCACUCGGGCCCCUCCAGCGCGGAGGGGGGACGCGCCGAUCUCCGCUCGGCCCACGCGGCAGCAGCAAACACUUUGGCGUGGCCGGGGCGUGGUCCAGGGGGCGGGCCACGCCCCUCUUUCCCAAUUCCCCUCCACUCCCCGCUCCCAUUGGUCACGAGGAUGGCCAAUGAGCGCUCGGAUCGAGGUCCUACCCUGCGUCUGACUCGAAAGCUCCUGCCAAAACUUCGGGAGUUUUUAGAGAGGAGUUUUUUUUCCCUCUUAUUACAUUUUUUUUUUUUUUUUUAACUAACGGAUUAUUAUUGUUGUUGUUUUAAAUUUAGCUCUUAGGGCUUAGCUGUUUGGGUUUUUCUUUCGGUGCCCGGCCCCUGUCUCCCCGGCUUCCCUGGCGUGUGCGGAGCCGCGGCCCCCGCCCGCCUCGCCGCUCCAGCGCCCCUAGCUCGCCUCCAGCCCGCGGGGAGCGCGGGCGUCGCGCCGCCUUUCAAGUGAGGCCAGGGGCCGAGGCUGUGACCGGCCGGGAUCCGGCCCUCGCCUCCUCCCUCGGUGGCGCUAGGGCUCCCUGGCCUGUCUUCAGUGCGGACGGAGAAGCGAAAGCGGAUCGUCCUCGGCUGGGCUGCCGCCUCCUCCUGGACUAGCGCGCCCCUCCCCGCGCACCCACUCACCCAUCCACCCGGUCCGGCCAGGCCGCGCCGGCCGCUCGGCGCGCCCCGCCAGGAUGUUCGCCGCCGGGCUGGCUCCCUUCUACGCCUCCAACUUCAGCCUCUGGUCGGCCGCUUACUGCUCCCCGGCCGGCCCAGGCGGCUGUUCUUUCCCCCUGGACCCCGCUGCGGUCAAGAAACCGUCCUUCUGCAUCGCAGACAUCCUGCACGCCGGCGUCGGGGAGCCGGGGGCGGCCCCGGAGGGCCUGGCGGGGGCCUCGGCCGCCGCCCUCACCGCGCACUUGGGCUCGGCUCACCCGCACGCCUCUUUCCAAGCUGCGGCCAGAUCCCCGCUUCGACCCACCCCGGUGGUGGCGCCCUCCGAAGUCCCGGCUGGCUUCCCGCAGCGGCUGUCUCCGCUCUCAGCCGCCUACCACCACCAUCAUCCACAGCAACAACAGCAGCAGCAACAACCACAGCAGCAACAGCCUCCGCCUCCACCCCGGGCCGGCGCCUUGCAGCCCCCGGCCUCCGGGUCGCGAGUGGUCCCGAACCACCAUCAUAGCGGCUCGGCCCCGGCUCCCUCCAGCAAGGACCUCAAAUUUGGAAUUGACCGCAUUUUGUCUGCAGAAUUUGACCCCAAAGUCAAGGAAGGCAACACGCUGAGAGAUCUCACGUCCCUGCUAACCGGCGGACGGCCCGCGGGGGUCCACCUCCCCGGCCUGCAGCCCUCCACCGGCCAGUUCUUCGCAUCUCUAGAUCCCAUUAACGAGGCUUCUGCCAUCCUGAGUCCUUUAAGCUCGAACCCGAGAAAUUCAGUUCAACAUCAGUUUCAAGACACGUUUCCAGGUCCCUACGCGGUGCUCACUAAGGACACCAUGCCGCAGACGUACAAGAGGAAGCGCUCAUGGUCCCGGGCUGUCUUCUCCAACCUGCAGAGGAAAGGCCUGGAGAAGAGGUUUGAGAUUCAGAAGUACGUGACCAAGCCAGACCGAAAGCAGCUGGCGGCGAUGCUGGGCCUCACCGACGCGCAGGUCAAGGUGUGGUUCCAGAACCGGCGAAUGAAGUGGCGGCACUCCAAGGAGGCGCAGGCUCAGAAGGACAAAGACAAGGAGGCGGGCGAGAAGCCGUCCGGCGGAGCCCCGGCUGCCGACGGCGAGCAGGAGGAGCGGAGCCCCAGCCGCUCCGAGGGCGAGGCCGAGAGCGAGAGCAGCGACUCCGAGUCUCUGGACAUGGCCCCCAGCGACACGGAGAGGACUGAGGGGGCCGAGCGGUCUCUGCACCAAACGACGGUCAUCAAGGCCUCGGCCACGGGCGCCCUCCUCGCCGCCAGCGGCGCUGGGAGCGGUGGAAGCAGCGGCAGCGGCGGCAGCUUUGGCUUCGGCAGCCUCGGCGGCAGCAGCACCAGCGCGGGCAGCGCCAGCAGCCUGGGCAGCGGCGGCGGCGGCGGCUCCUCGGAGCUGCUCCCUGCGCCCCAGCCCACCCUCAGCAGCGCUCCCAAAAGCCCCGAGCCCGCCCAGGCGCCGCUCGGCGGCCUAUAGACUGCACGAGGGUGGAGAGGACCCGGGGGCCCCGCGGGCAGCCUCCCAGCCCUCCAGUGCGGGCUGGAUUCGGUGCCUACUUUCUGCUGGCGGCGGGGCCAGGGCCGGAGACGCAGCGGCGGAGCCUCCUUCCCUGCGUUCACAUCUGGGCCCUCGCAGCCCCGGGCUGGAGCAGCCCACUCUGCACAGAGCCCGGGGGAGUCUCAGUGGCCCCGCGAAGGCUCGCAGCCCCAGCCGCGCACUUCUCCCCGGAUACGAGCAGCUCACACUGUGAAGCAUUUGAACAGUUGCUCCCCGCCCUAGGGGUCGUGGCGCAAAGACGCGUUGCACUUAGGACGCCACAGACUUGUAAAUAA